GCACAAGUGGCUGGCUCUCUCUUUCCCAUCGCCAUUUCUGCAAAAAUUGAUCACUAGUCGGCCUCCGCAGCCGCCGCCAUCGGCAGAAGCUCUCAAUUAAAGACUGAUAUCUGUCUGCAAUAACAAGAUGAAAGACUCAAAGCAGCAGCUUAUCGACUCGCUCACCUCUCAUAUUUCUCUCUAUAAUUCACGCUCAUCAAACCCUGCAACUUGCCCUAAUCCGAGAUCAUCAAUUCUGAAAUGGUUCUCAUCCCUCACGGUUCAUCAAAGGCAAGCUCAUCUCACAGUCGUCGACGCGAAAUUCACCCAGAUCAUCUUCCAAAUGCGCGGCAAGCUGAAAUCAAACGGUAAUGGGUUAUUUAUUAUACUCCCGGAUAUCCCCGAUUGCCUAGGUAGUAGCCUUCCUAGCAUCUGUUUUCGGAAGUCCCAUGGUCUUCUAACUCGAGUUGCAGAGAGCAACGAGGCUGAAAGAUUCAUUCGAGAUUCAAUUCGGCUUUUCGACUCAAAAGAAGGGGAGGGUAUUGAUGAUGGGUCGUAUUCAGCUGACCGUUUAGAUUCUUUGACUGUGAGCGAGGAUCUUGUAGGAAGCGUGGAUAAGUUUGUGGAUGCCAUGGAUGCCGUUUCAGACGGGAGGUUUUUGAGGGGAGAAGAAAGUUGCAUUGGGUCGGAAUGGGCAGAACUGGACUGGUUGAAAGCUAGAGGGUAUUAUAGUGCAGAUGCAUUUAUUGCAAAUAGAUUGGAGGUGGCAUUAAGGUUGUCAUGGUUGAGUUGCACUAAUUGUAAGAAGAGAGGCGCGAAGCUGAAAGAUAAGGUGAUUUCGGCUGGUUUAGCUGCAAAUACUUUUUGGAGGAAGAAGGGAUGUGUAGACUGGUGGGAAAAGCUGGAAGAAGCAACAAAGCAGAAAGUGUUUCUAACAGCUUUGGGGAAAAUUGCAAAAUCUCUGGGUGCUGAUAUUUUCAAGGGCAAAAGAGGUGUACUUGAUGAUAACACGUGGCAAUAUGGUGGCAUAGUUGACCAACCAUUUAGGUGCACCACUACACUGCCACACCAAGAAUGCACUGAUGAAAGUUAUGUAUCGAACCCAAGAUCUGUUAGUCAGAUGCCAUCAUCGUUAAUUCGUGUAAUAGAAGGUUUAUCUAUUCUUCAAAAUAUUUCCACCAUGUUGUUUGAAUUUCAACAUGCUUAUUAUGAAAGAGAGAGACUGUAUUUUAGCUCCUUAGAAUCUAUUAGCUUGAUUUCUGAUUGCAUAUUAAGAAAGCUGCGAGGUUUACUCAUGGUCAUCUCACAUGAGUGUACUAAAGUUGAACUCUUGGAGGAUGACAAAUCAAAUUCAUCUUUAAAGAAAAACAAUGAGAGACUUGGCUCUGGCAACAAUAAGAAAACCCGCAAGAACAGUAAAGUUAAAAAGAAAAAUCAUGUUACAAAGCUAACAGCGGAUGGUGUUACACUUCCAAAAUCUCUUGAGGUUGAUCGAUUUGGAUUGGCACAUGGUGAAGAUGGACACGUCUGUUCAUCUAGUAGCUUGGAUUUUAAGGUGCAGCAGAUGGAAUUUGAUAAAGAUCCUGUUCCUUCUAUACUUCACAUGGGACAUGGAAAAGGACAACAUACUAACACUGUCCAAAACGUUUCCAAGAAGAAGAGAGAAAGAAAUAAGCGUAAAAACUCUAGCUGCAAAGUUUCAGCAGAAGCUGGCAGCAACCAGAAAGGUCCUGUGAAGUUUUCCUCUCUACCUCUGUCUUGUGAAGAUCACCAUAUGGAACCUGCUUUAUUAAUUGAAAAUUUAGUUGAGGAAACGUCAAAAGUUGAUGUUAAUGAGGAUGAUAACAGUGAUGAACAGAUUAGAAGUUGUUCUGGAGCUGUGCAGAUGGGCAGUGCAGCAGAACUCACUAACGGAUGCCAUUCUACUGGUCGUACAGAUGGAAUAAGGACUUCUGCUCCAAUGCGCUUCCAGGCAUCAGAGAGUGUGCUAGAAAAUGAAAAGGCAGCUGUUGCAUUAGAAACCAUAGUUUUAAAUACCAAUUCUAGUGUAACUUCUCCAAUGUCUUUGAUUGAAACUGUUAACAAUCCUGAACUCCGUGAUAUAAACAGAGAAAAUAAAAAUGGUUUAAAUAGAGAGGUAAUGAAACAAGUUGUAUUGGGAAAACAAGAGAAAGUUGGAGAUCAGGAAGAAAUAAUCUUCUCUUUUCAGGAGUGUGGAAGCAUUGAUGUUCAUAAUAGUGGGCCUGCAAAUGCUUCAACAUACCUUUCUUAUGAAUGGCCCAGUGUAGCUCCUAUCCACUUCCAAUCGGGUAACUCACAUAUCCCACCUGCUACCGAUAGACUGCAUCUAGAUGUUAGUCACAAUUGGCAACGCCACUAUCACCAAUCUUAUGUACGCACUGUGCAUCGUGUUAGGAAUCCUUCAAUUGAAUCAGGGUGUACAGGCAUUAUAUCUAGACCUUUAGCAAUGAACCUAGACUGGCCUCCUAUAUUACACGGUGUUAAUGGAAUAGCUACAUCUGUCACCUGCAAUUAUGAUGCCGGAUUUCUCUCAAGGCGACCAUCUUUUCAACAGGACUUAGCUAGCCAAAGCAUUCACUGCAAUACCGCGAGUGGUGAUGAUGAAAGGGGGUAUUCUGGCGACUUUGAUUUUUCUGAAUCUAAAAAUGUGCAGGAAGCGUAUGAUGAACACGAGUACUAUCGUAUGCCAGAAGAAGAGUUAGAGGUCCACGGUCUCCCUGGUGUGGAUUAUAAUCAGUACUUUGGUGGUGGUGUAAUGUACUGGAAUCCUUCGGAUUUUCCUGGGACAAGCUUUUCACGCCCUCCUUCUCUUAGUUCAGAUGAUAGUUCUUGGGCUUGGCGAGAGGCAGAUAUGAAUAGGGCUGUUGAUGAUAUGGUUGCUUUCUCUUCUUCUUACAGCACAAAUGGAUUAACUUCACCGUCUGCCACUUCCUUUUGUUCUCCAUUUGACCCUUUAGGAUCUGGAACUCGUGGUUAUGUUGUAUCAGGAAGUGAAGUAAAUACCAGCAAGGUUUCUCAGUCAUCAAUAGCCACAUCCUCUGAUCUAGUGGGAGAGGAGAAUGCUCCAGCUUCCUUGUCCAAGGUGUCUCUUGAGAGCGAGACAAAGGCCGGUGAUACACUUCCAUAUCCCAUUCUUCGACCAAUCAUCAUUCCGAACAUGUCAAGGGAAAGAUCAAGAUCUGAUUUCAGGCGUAGCCAUGAUCGUACAAGUCCUUGUAUUCCUCCUAACAGGCAGGAACAACCCCGGAUGAAGAGGCCACCAUCACCAGUGGUUCUUUGUGUUCCAAGGGCACCUCGAUUGCCUCCCCCUUCUCCUGUUGGUGAUUCUAGAAGGCACAGAAUUCCAACAGUUCGCUCUGGGAGUUCCAGUCCUAGGCAUUGGGGUAUGAAAGGUUGGCUUCAUGAUGGAAUUAACUUUGAAGAAGCUUGUAAACGUAUGGAUGGCAGUGAAGUAGUUUGGCCACCUUGGAGAAGUAAAAACUUUUCAGGUCAUCAGUUAACUCAGCCUCUGACUGGAGCCUUACUGCAAGAUCACUUUAUUGCAAUAUCACAGUUAACUCGUGACAAGGAGCAUCCAGAUGCUUCAUUACCUCUUCAGCCUUCUGAAAUGUCAAUCGGAUCCACAGAAAAGGCACCCCUCAGUUUGAUCCACAGCAACCUUCAUGAUGAAAUCAACACAUUCUAUAAAGAGGUUGCUGCGGAGAAUUUGAUCAGGAAGCCUUGCAUUAAUUGGGCUGUAAAGCGUGUUACACGGUCACUACAAGUCUUAUGGCCCAGAUCUAGGACAAACAUCUUUGGGUCAAAUGCUACAGGUUUGUCACUUCCUUCAAGUGAUGUCGACCUAGUGGUCUGUCUUCCUCCAGUGAGAAAUUUGGAACCUAUUAAAGAAGCUGGUAUCCUGGAAGGAAGGAACGGUAUCAAAGAAACAUGCCUUCAGCAUGCAGCAAGAUAUCUUGCUAACCAGGAGUGGGUUAAAAAUGACUCUCUCAAGAUUGUGGAGAAUACUGCUAUACCUAUUAUUAUGCUUGUGGUUGAAGUUCCUCAUGAUCUCAUUACCUCCUCUUCUUCACAUUCCCGAACACCAAAAGCCCAGGCAACUGGUGAAGAAGUCAAUACCUUACACACUGAUGUGACUGGUUCAGAAAGCUGUACGUCCCCAAAAUGGCCUGCAAUUGAUGCUUCUGUCAAGAAUGUAAAAUCAGUCCGUCUUGACAUUAGUUUCAAAUCACCAUCACAUACUGGCCUGCAGACUACUGAGCUGGUAAAAGAGCUCACUGAACAGUUUCCUGCCACUAAACCUCUCGCUUUGGUAUUAAAACAGUUCUUGGCAGAUCGAAGUUUAGAUCAAUCAUAUUCUGGUGGUUUAAGUUCUUAUUCACUGGUAUUAUUAAUAAUACGUUUCUUGCAGCAUGAGCAUCAUCAUGGUCGCUCUACUGUCCAAAACUAUGGAAGUCUGCUCAUGGAUUUCUUCUAUUUCUUUGGGAAUGUGUUUGAUCCUCGCCAAAUGCGUGUUUCGAUACAUGGUAGCGGCUUAUACAUAAAUAGGGAAAGAGGAUGCAGCAUUGAUCCAAUUUAUAUAGAUGACCCACUUUUCCCCACGAAUAAUGUCGGUCGGAAUUGCUUCCGUAUACAUCAAUGCAUCAAGGCAUUUGCAGAUGCUUAUUGUACAUUGGAGAACGAGAUUACUUUCGUUCCUACCAAUGGCGACACAAAUGCAAAAUUACGUUCACUAAAGCUACUUCCCAAAAUUAUUCCAAGCAUUAUGCAAUUGGAUGGUUUCCAAUUAUCAGGAGAUUAUGAUUUGUGAUAAUGAGUUGUUACAGGAGGGUGAAAUGUCCAUAUCAAUGUAGGGUGCACUGUUGAUGGUGACACUAUCACCGGUACCUGGCGGCAGGUGGCGGAGCUCUCCAUGUCAAUGUGAGGUGUUCAAACUCCUCUCACCUCCUCUAACACAUAUAUGCUUCUUCACUGUAGCUACUGCAAAUUUAGGGUGAUGCAAUUUGAUCACAUUGAACACACACAAGCUAUGGAAAAGACUCAUGAGGGGGUUUUCACCCUGGAAAGAACUCAAGAUUUCUUUGAGAGAUGGGUUGAUGAAUAGCCUCUCAAAUACUGUAAAUUACUCCUUGUCCCCUUUUAUAUGACUUGUUUUUGUUAGAAUGUUUGACUGAAACUAUUUCUAAUUCAAUUUAUAAGAUAAUUGAGUUGGAUAAAAAAAACAAGUAUGACAU